AAAGCUUCGAAUUGUCCCAAAAAUUCAAAAAAAUUAAAAAAAUUAAAAAAACAAAAAUAAAAUAUAUAUUUUUUUCGAUCGAUUCUCUCUAUCUACAAUGGCAGUAAUCAGAUCGUCCCAUCUUGCAACUAUAUGCCUCGUUCUGUUAGCGAUUCAAUCAUCGACGGCGUUCCAUUCAACGUCCGAUCUCAAUUCUCCAAAACCCAAAGCAAUCUCUGAUUUGAAGGAGUCAAUUAUCAAGGGUUUGGGGUUUCAAGCAGAAGAUUUCAAGAUAUCUGGGUUUGAUUUCAGAGAUGCAUUAGUGGGUAAAUCUGUGGCGUAUGAGUUUGAUGUUGAAAUUGAUAAUAAGGUUCUUCCAGUUAAGCUUUUAGAGGAUGUGAAACGAUGGGAAUAUGUGGAUUUACCAAUAUUUCGAGUUGAUGACUCCGCGAGGUCUAGUGAGGAGAAUGGAUUGGUUGAGAGGCAGAAAUUGGAAAAUGGGUUGCCAGUUUUGGCACCCUUUCAGUUGGCUGGUCCAAUGGAGCUGUGGAUUCAGGAUGCCAAGGACAUGAGGCUUUCAUUGCCGCAUGAUGUGGAUGCCGGUGAACUGAAGAAAGUAAUUUUAGCAGAUGGUGCGGUUGUUACCGUCAAGGGUGCCAGAUCAGUUAGCCUGCGCCACCCAAUUGAGCUCCCACUUCCCUUGAACCAAACCCAGAAUGGUUUUGCGUCAGGUCUGCUUACUCUGGCUGAUCGUCUCCGUCAGGCUUCCCGCACCCAAAGGGUUCCAAUCCUCUCCCUCCGCAUUGUUGGCCCUACCUCCCUUACAUCCCCUUCCUCAUCAUCACCUUCUUCGAAUAACAAGCUCAAGCUUAAGCGCCUUGCCCCAGGUCUUGUGGAGCUGUCUUCACCAUCAAAAACCAAUGCCAUUGAAGCCGGCUCUGCCAUUGAUCUCCAAGGAGAAGCUUCUGCCCUUUUAACUCCAAAUCAAUUUACCACAAUGUGGCCUCUUGCCUCAAUCAAUGGGUCAAACUCUAACUUGUUAGGUUUUGAGAAGCUGCUCUCUACGGUGCUAGGUCCAAAAGCUAAUAACAAGGGUUCUUUCAAGUUGUUGAAGGCAGAUGUGUCUGCUCAAACGUUUGUGAAGGUAGGUUUUGGGAUGGAGAAGAAGUUGAAAGAAGGAGAUGGGUUUGGUUUGGAAGGCUUUCCAGCUUGGAGAACGAAGCCUGAGAGUGUGAGGAUGCAUUUUGAGGUCUUGGCUAAGGUCGAUGGAGGCAAAGUUGUCCCCGAGAGAGUGAUGCAGGUAAAUCCUGUUGUUAUGGAGGAUACCGUCGCUCAGAGCGUGCUCAUGGGUAACAUUACUAUGUCAAAGACCCCUAUUGUUCAUUCUCCUCCCAAUCCCUUGACCUUAUAAUUUGUUGUAGGGAUUGAUUUUGAUCCAAGUUGAGGAAUGUACAAAGACAGUCUUUUGUUAUUUUCCCCCCCUUAUCCUUUGUUUUCUGCAAUGAUCAUCAGAAAGGUGAAAGAAGUUUGACACUGUAAAGAAUUGUAAGGCGGAAGCUUAUGAAGACUAUUUUUAAAGCCAUUAUGCAUGGUGUGCCAAAA